AUGGGAGGUCUGUAAGUAGAGGUUGAUCAGUCCCUGAAUAACAUUGACACCACUGUGCGUCAGUGUUGAAUUAUACGAGGGCUCGCUCGAUGCAGCAUGUUCAACUCACCUCACUUGAUCUACUGUAACUGCGCCUCUGUACCGGUGCUUCACAGCCCCAAUGUUUAUUCCGUGUGGAACUGUCCUAUCCAAGCGUCGCCCUCCGUUUACGGGACAUCGUUAGACAGGACGGCCACACACGGCGGAUCAAGCGAACAAACUGAAAACAGCGAAACGAACUCGUCGUCAAGCAGAAACCUCAAGUUUGGAAUUGAGAAUAUUCUAUACGGCAAGUUACAAUCAGGUAAGGUUUCUAAAAAAUCAAGACACAAAGCGUAUAAAGCCAACAGAGUGGUGCUAAAUGGCAUCAUGUCUCUAAUCGUUGUGUUUUCAAAUUAAUUUUCAGUAGAUUCACUCUGUCGAAUAUUAGCUACUAAACUUGAGAUUUGAUCUCAGAAAAACACAUAAAACAUACAAAUAAUUUUCAUUAUUUGAUAGAUCUUUACUGUGUUUUAAUCUCCAAUAAAGAAUUAUUCUUGCAGGAGGUAUGGUCACGAACGACUUCAUCCGUCGGUCGCUGAUCACUUCAAAUACUAACGUUGGCCACUCAGUUGCGGUUUUAAGAUAGACUUUUUUUUGUGUGCAAUUGGCAUUUACCGGUGAAACGUAUUGCUCCGAUGCCAUAAGAUAAAACUGGGUUUUUUUUUAACGUUUACCCAGUAAAAUGUGAGCGCUUUUAAAGUGUUUCUGGCCGAAUUUGCGACUACUGACGUGCGUCACGAACAACAGCCGCGCUGAAGCUCGGCGCAAAUCGCUGCAUGUAUAAAAGGGAAAGGCUCUUAGAAAUUUUAAUUCCUUGCGACCUAAGAUUAAAAGGCUGGAAACCUUGGUAAGGCGUCUACCACCUUUUGCGGAGUCGUAAAGAAACGAGCUUUCUCUCAUUAUUCGUUUUACUUUAAACGACCAUACCUUCGCAAGUCUCUUUAUUUUUCAGCGCUAUCUGACGAGUAGUUACCCCGUUGGUUUCUCGUCUUAAUGGCGACGAAAUGAUAAUCCUCUAUGUUGGGAAAGAGAUAAUUUUUAAGCUCUGUUACCCGUUGUAUACUCAGCUUGCCCGCAAGCGUUGAAGCUGUACAGGAGACUACUUAUCUUCAUUGGUGCCCGAUGAGCGAGCGCGUCUCGUUAAUAACAGCACCGAGCGAAUGUCGACUGUGAAUUUAUAAGGCUUUUACAAACCAAAAAGUCUUGUGUGUCCGUAUCUGAAACUCUUGAUUAAUAACUUGCCAGGCAGCGGUUUGUUUUAGUGGCAAAACUGACGCGUUUUCGUCUGAACCUCAACGACGUGUUUUUAUCGUUAUUGUUUGAUUAGACACUUACAAAUUUCCCUUUCUUGUUAAAGGAUGCGUACUGAACAACUUUGAAUUUGAGACUUUCACUUUACUUUUCUGUUGAAAAGAAGAGUUUAAAAAACAAUUACCAAGCCUUUCGUCUUUAAAGUAAACUAAUUAAUGAAUGUUUGAAUACUUGAGUCUCAUUUAAUUGCGGUUACAAAACUGUUGUCAAUAAGUUUACUUUCAAAAACAACCUGUUCGUGGAAAUUCAAUAGAGUGGACCUUUUUCUUGAUAGAUGUAAACUUACUUUCACCAAAGAAAUUUUAGUUUCUAAUUUAAAAUUAUUUUUCCUUUCAAAGCGAGAUAGAUGGAGAAAAGCGCUGAAAUUUCGUCCUAAGAAAAAAAACAUUUUGAACUGACGAUGACUAGCUUUGAAAAUGGGGAACCUUCGUUCGGAAACCCCUAUUUCACAAGCUGUAGCACUCGUUUAAGUUUUCGUAAGAUUCCAAAUGGAUGCAAUUGUCAUUUGAAUGCGAGGAUUUGUUUGAAUACGUUAUGUUUGAAAACUGUUAUGCAAUCGAAAAAUGUAUAAAGUGGCAAGCAGGCUAAAGUCUGCGUCACAUCAACAAGGUAGCUAAAUUUCUAAAGAGCAUAGUCCAUUCACUCAUAGUCCACUCACUGGAGCAAAGAGUAAGUGUAUUUGGCACUCUCUUGGCCAUUGUAGUUCAGAGUUCAAUAUUCCAAUUGAAUUGUUCGAACAAAAUAGAGAGAAAUUUUUAAUUUUCAUACAUACAUAUACAAUGUAUUUGUAUCUAAUAUCACAAUAGGGGAAAAAUUACCCCAGAGUAGGCACUGGCAAAAAUUGUACAAUGUUUUAAAAAAAAGCAAGUGAAUGAGUAAUAAUUUUCGUGCCUCUUUUCGUGUAAAGACAAUGCAUAAUACCAUGAAUUAAAAAAGCAUUUAUCGCAUACUUAGCACUAUGAACCUCAACUGAAAUGUGUUAAUAGUAUUACAGUUUUAAGUACAUUAUGAUAAUUAAUCAUAAACACUAUCCGAAAAACACAUUUGUGGUUUCUGAUCUUGCACGACACAGAGACAUUUAAUGUACGUUUCAGAUCUCACCCUUGUGCUAAAACCGAAUUGCAUUUUUUUGGCUGAUGUUGUUUUAUCAAUUAACUGAUAUCGAGUGGCGGAAAUGGUUUGAUUUCGUAUAGGACUGAAUUGAAACUGAUACACUAUGGGCGAAAAGUAUGCCUGCUUCUUGGUAAUCGUGUGCUCUAGCGUUUGGUCGUAAGAAUUUUCACAAUUCAUUUCUGACCUCUCUUACUUAGAGAAUUCUGGGCGACAUAGUUAAACGUCGUAGCUGCGAAGCUUCGAAAAAGUUUCAAAACAAGGACGUUGAUCUUCCAUACUGCUAUCACAGAAAUUCCGAAAACAGGCUAAUAAUUUGAUAAAAUAUUUCUUAUCCUGUCACAAGCUUAAUGCUUUUCUAACUUCAGUGAGUGAAAGCGUAUUGUCGUAACAUUCCAAAGACAUGGGAAAAGCACUGGAACAAUACAUUUUAGAAAAACCUUAAUUUUCUGAAGCAAAAUUUUGUUACAGUAAUCUUUUGUCGCUAGAAUAAGGCAAUAAAAAAGGUUUGAGGUUAUUCAUUGCGGUAAAUACUAUAGCAGUGGAGGGUUACAUCGUUUGUUUCACGAUGAGGUCACUUCGCAUGUUGAUCGUGCCUCAUCGACUUCAAUAAACUCCUUUUCUGAACCAGUGACAAAAGAAGAAGAAGAAGACUCGCAAUAUGCAUUCGAAACAUAUCGCAAUCUACGUUGGAAAUGGCGAAAUUGUGAGAAGAAAGAUCAAACUUCAUUACAGACUCCGCUAAAGUCACAUCACAGUUUAGUUCAAAAUACAGUCCCCGCUCGCCUAUCACAAGUCUCUUACAACUCAGUGGUAGAGCUUCCGAAGUUCUAAUCGAUAGGUCGUAGCUUCGACCCCCAUUUGGAGCACACGGACUUCUUUUUCUCCGAGUAUUCGCCUGAUUCGUUCGCUGAAUAACAUCAUCUUUCAACUUCUACUUCUCUUCCACGUAUUUCUCAUUUGAUGUUCCUUGCUUAUUUUAUGUCCAAUCCUGGUGCCGCUCUUUUUGUUUACCUAAGCUGAAUACGGUAAUUGCUGUGAAGAUUUCGAUCUUCGCUAAUGGUCAUCAGAUUGUUUUAAAGUUUAUUUUACAAACGAUGAGGCUUUCCUCGGGUCUUUAAUAGCCUAUAGUUAAUAAACAUCUUUUUAUUACAUCUGCUGGAACUAAACAUGUGUAGCUCGUUUGUUUUAUCUCAGGAAUGGAAUUUCCCAUUAUAAACGGCCACUAUAGGUUCGUUCAUGAUGUGUUUUCUGUUUUAUCAAUCACAUUUUGAUUUUUCAUUUCGCCUGCGCGUUUAAUUUUUGUUAUCAAAAGCGGCUUCCAGUCGACCUGCUCACAAAGGAAAGUUACUAACAUAUAUUUCAUCUUUCCAAAAUUUUUUCCCUUAUCAUCGCUGCAGUUCAGUCCUAGCUCAGCUGCGUAAAAAACACAGCUAUUGUUCUUUAUAGAUAGGCAGUCCUUUGGUAUUAACUCCCGACUUCUUUGAAGUAUAUUUCCGAUAUGAUUAAUUAGGGCGUGUGCUUGUUCAUUAUCGGCUGGGUUAAUAAAUAUUUCCCGAGUAAGUAGAUUCUGCGAUAGUACGGUCAUCGUAACUGUGUUAAGGUGUUUACAAACUCGCCGUUUCCUUUUUCAAUCUGACGCUGAAAGAUAUCACUAAGCUUUGCGUUUAUGACAUGAUUUGAUUUUAAUUAAAAAUACCUCGUUGUACUCCGAUGAGUGAAUGGACCAGGAGUUUGUUCAGAUAAUGAUAUCAUGUUGAAGCUUGCAUCAGAUAUAAGAAAUAAAUUCAACUAAUGUCAGUAAAGGAAUCCGGCUUCGAGCACGGAAAGAUUUAUGGCAGAGAUAGUGGAGUGAAGAUGGAAAACAUUUGUGUGAUCCUUGCAUGAAACUCGGCAUGGCGCUCCUAGGCUGGAACUGAAGGAAUGAAUACACCUCGAUAAAUUAGAAGUUUGAGACACGCCCCGAGUAUGAUGAGGUUUCCUUGAAAAGCGCAAAAUUGCGUGUUGAAACUGUGAAAUGUAUUGCAAAAUGACACUUGUGCUAAUCCAUCUUUAAGUGAGAUCUGUUAAAUACAUAUAAUGGUAGUCGGAAAUAUCGAGAAUUUAUAAUCUCGUUUGUCAUUGAUGUCUUUGUUCAAUUUUUUUCAUGAUACAGAUGGAUUGCGCGCAGAUGUUUUUCACACUUUGUUCAUGAAAAAACUUCCCCAAAUCAUCCCGUUCAUAAAAACAACUAAGCGAUCGCCAAGAAGAUUUCGUUGACUGACGAGCCAAUCGGUCGAGACAGCGACAAAUUUUCCGUCUUAUAAGCUCCCGUAAAUCUGGGACUAAAAUAUGGCUUCGGACGAAAGAAAAUGCAUGACCUCGCUUAAGUUUAAGGACGCCUUAACAAAGAGUGCAUAUGUUAACAGAAGGAUUUUUAGUUCUGUCUGCCUUCGACUGACUUGUCACCUUCAGAGUGAAAGCUUCAUCUCAACUCAAAUCUCCAAAGCUUUAAUCUUUCUUUACGAAAUGAAUUGUCAUAACUUGACCCUAGUCCCUUUUUUUUUUUUUGCAACGUUUUGAAUAACAACAGAAAUUAUAAGAGUUCCAAACACAGCUAACUCCUAUCUCGCUCAAAUAUGCUUUUGCCCUCCCCUUCGAGCUGAAGUUCUUUGUUGUUUAUCGUUUUUUGCCAGUGAAUCUUAUAGAUUUUCAGUGUAGGGAAUUUUGGUGAUCGUGUUUUGUGGCCUAUUCGAUAUUUAAGAAUUUGUUCAUGUUUAGCGUGCGUACAUCGAGUUAUGGAUGCACGCGGGAAGCUUAGAGAGCACGAAAAAUGCGUAAGAGUAGCUCGAGGCGCAGCCGAGAGCAACUCUAGCUUUUUGAGUGCUCUCUAAACUUCCCAAGUGCAUCCAUAACUCGAUGUACGCACAGCUAAAAGCAUGAGCAAAUUCUUUUAUAACAGAGCAACAAAGAACAAAAAAUGUUCACGUCAUCUUAUUUACGCACGAGCGCGCGUAAGUAAAGAUUUUGUAUAUAGCGGCUCAAUAGGACUUACAUAAGGCAAGCACGCGCGCUAUGUUGUAAACAGCUUUUGGUCUCUCCCCAGACGAUAUCCGGGUUAGAUAGACCGGUUUUUUUUUUUGCUUAUUAAAUUGGAUGAAGCUAAACAUAAAGUAGCACUACAUCAGCAGCAGAUGUGUGUACCUUGAUUUUCAGGAGAGUUCAUGAGAAGGUUAGGCUUUUCACUCUCAAAAUCUUCUCUCUCCUGCCUGCCAUACACUUCCUAUUUUGUCCGUCUUCAUAAUUUAGAGUUAAAUCAAAUUAUGCACGAGCUCUUGACUUAACAAGGAUGAGUAUUUUCUGCGUAAUUUUGGAUCAUGGUGUUGUAAAAAAAAGAGUCAUAUCUUACUCUCUCUGCUCGUUUGUCAAGCAAGGUAUCCUCUUUCUCUUCCGACGAAUAGGUUAACGAAAUUUAUGCAGAGCCGCUAUAUUUAACGCUUUUGUCAUCGUGGUAGAAAGUCAUACCAGAAUAUAAUUAAACAACUUUUUUAUGUAACUUUAAAAAGUUUUAUUUACUCGUGGCCAUAUUUUCGCCAGAUAGAAUUUGAUUUUCGAUUUGGAAAUUAAAAAAACAUCAUGUUCGUUGGAAGAUGAACCUUUUGUCGGUGCAGACCUAAUAUUCCUUUGAAAAAAAAAAUUGUCAAUUUAAGUAAGCAAACCGAUGUGAAAGCUUUUACGAAUAAAUAUAAAUACUUCUGUUUCAGACCAACAUGUUGUUCACAGACCGUUCCUAAGCAAUCAUGAGCUCGCCUACAUUCAUCAUCAGCCCUUCAGUUCACCCAUGCGCGCUUCCAGCCGGCCAUGGUGUCGCCCUGUCUUUACGCAGCUCCAACGAAGAGGCCUGGAGAAGCGUUUCCAGGUAACCAAGUACGUGACAAAAAGGGAGAGGUUACAGAUCGGCGCCAUGUUGGGUUUGUCUGAGACGCAGGUGAAAGUGUGGUUCCAGAACAGGAGAACGAAAUGGAGACACGAGGCUGCGCGGAAAGAAGAAAAACUGAAAGAGAAAUCGUUGAAAAAGGUGGAAGAAAGUCAGCAAGAAGAAGAAGAAACGACGAUUGAAAGUGACGAGACUGAGGAAAUCACUGGAGAGUGUUCUUGUGAGGUCAGCGUCAAAGAGUAGUGAUAACAUGAUGACGAAAAAUGACAUCAUGAAAAAAGUAAUUGUGAUUCUUAGCGACAACCGAACGCAAUUUUUUUUUUCAUUUAGAAGGAUUAAAAUAGCUUUAAUUGCGAUUCAACUGCAACGAGUUGUCACUAAGCAGGAAAAAACAAGUUCGACAAAGCCUAAAACUUUGUCUGGAAAUUUGACAGGAAAUCCUGGCAAAGAUAGCAUUGAAUAACAGAAAAAAAACUAUAAAGACACCGACAUUUGUAAAGAAACUAAACUGAGAAGAAAGAAGUCAAUAUUAUGUCAUUAUAUUGGAGUAUCGUGUAAAACACAAUAUAAUUCAGUUCCUCAU